AUGUAUGACAAAGACAAUGAUUUCUUCAAAUUAUGUGUGAGAGAUUUGAAUUCAGGUUCUCUUUGUAGCAAGCCACAAGCUGAUUGGGUCUGUAAUGUGGCAUGGGCUAAAGGGGGUCAAGCAUUGCUAUACGUUUUCACUGAUCAAAAAAAGAAGCCUUACAGGAUAUAUUGUAGUAUGCUUAGAUCAAAGGAUGAAGAUGUGACACUCUUAGAAGAACCUGAAGAAAAUGUGCAUGUUAACAUCAGACAUACCAAGGAUUUUAAGUUUGUGACUGUUUAUGUAUUUUCAACCACAUAUUCAAAUGUUUUUCUGAUCAAUGCAACUGAUCCUCUAUCUGGUUUAACACUUGUGUGGGAAUGUGAAGCUUCUGCACAUUGCAUUAUCGAGCAUCAUCAAGGCUAUCUUUAUCUUUUUACCAAUGCUAACAAAGAAGGGCAAUCAGUAAAUUACCAUUAUAUCCUUCGUAGCCCUCUUCACUCUUCAAGUCCAAGAAAGUGGGAGAUGCCUAAUGCAGUUGUUGAUUAUAAUUUAUCAAAUGGGAAAUUUGAAAUCAUUCAACAACAAAACCUGCUUCAAGAAAGAACAUGUGUUUUAUAUGGCACAGCUUUUGUGGGACCCACAAUAGAUAAUAAAUCAAAUAGUAAUAACUAUGGGGAGUCAAAGUCAUGGAAUGAUCUUUCUGAGUUUUAUGUUUGUGAAAAUCAUCAAGUGGUUUCUAGUGAUGGAGUCAAAGUUGGUUUGACUAUUGUUUAUUCGCAUUAA